AUGGGUGGCUAUUCGCAGAUGGAUGGCUAUUCGCAGAUGGAUGGCUAUUCGGGGAUGACGACUCGCAUCCGCCUACACCGCGGAAUGGCACCAGCCGGUGGCGAAGACCGACUCAGCCAGGUCGCGAGCCUGUAUGACCUUCGCAUGCGACACUUCAUGACAACUCCUAACAGCUCCCGAUCGACGGUGCAUGAUGAGAUACCCAUCGCUCAAGCCGAACCCCAGAACGAGCUUCAGAUUAAUACUCGGACAGCAUCUCCCGGCGCCAGCGAUGAGUGGGACAUUGAAGCAUUGCGCGAAAAACACGCCAAGCUGCUGGCCACUGAGCGCGAGGCUUUCCUAGCCAAGAGACGCAAACAUAAACAAGAGAUCCGUGAGCACUACCGAGCCCUCGGCACCCCCAAUUCUUCUUCCGGAUGGUUCACUCCGUCAAGGCCGUCGUCACCGCAGGUCCCCGGACAUUCACACAUCGAACAAGUAUCUGCAACAAGCAUCACCCGCCAUCUUAACCAGCAAUCCGCCUCCGGCAAUGCCCUUCACAAGGCCAGACCAAACAGCCAACUGCCCUUCAUCCUUCGGGAUGCCGCAGGGAAGGCACACGCCUGGGUGGGGGGCGAGCGGAUGUGGUUUACUUGGAUGGCCCGCAAGCGUGAGCUGAAAAAGCAGUUCCGGGACCAGGAGCAGCACUGUCUACAGAUGGCAGAGCAACAACGCGUCAUGCGGCAGAUGGCCGAGGAGCAGCUUACAGGCAAGCCGCACCGCCCCUCAGAGAGUGUGGCCGAGACCCCAAAGGCAACCCGUGGCCUCGCUCGGUUCAAGCGCUGCUUUGUCGGAUCACCGGUCCAGCUCGAGGGCUGUCCGCCUGGUAUCCCACCAGUGAAACCGCUGCCCCCUACGUUGCGGCGCGAGCUCUCGACCGAUUCCAAUGACAGCAUGCGUCCAUGGCCAAGCGAUGGGCCAUUGCCCGUCGAAUCGCGCCCCGCCGAGACCUACAAGAAAAGGGUCAUACGAAAGAUCAAGAAAAAGCUGUCGCGCAUUCUCUCCCCCCCAAACAAGAAGGAAAAGGAAGAAAAAAAUUGA